AUGAUGAAUAAAUCCACACAUAAUAUCGAAUAACAAGGAGAAAAUUACUAUUUAAUUCCCAAAACAUCUCAUACUAACACUGUUAUUUUUCUUCACGGUUUAGGUGAUUGUGGAUAAAGUUACAUUGAUUUUUUCCAAGAAUCUGAUAUAGUUUCUGCAACAACCAAAGUAGUAUUAAUUACAGCUCCAGUUAGGCCUGUAACAAUAAAUUUUGGUAUGUAACUUAAUUCAUGGUUUGAUUUCAAAAAUUUUGACGUAAACGAGCAAAACUUUUAGCAAGCAAUAGGUAUUGAUGAAAUGAUAUAAUCAUCAUAAUAAUUAAUCUAAAUUCUAAAUUAAGAAGUUAAUAUAUUACAAGGAUAAUCAUAAAAAGUCUUCAUUGGAGGAUUUAGUCAAGGUGCUUGCAUGAGUCUUAAAGUUGGGCUUGAAUUUGAUUAAAAACUAGGUGGAAUUUUAGCUUUUUCUGGAUUUUUAUUCCCUGUUUAUAAUGAACAUGAGAAUAAUAAAAAUACACCUAUUCUUAUUUCUCAUGGAACUUAAGACCCACUUUUAGCUUGGGCUAAAUGUGAAAUUUCCUAUAACAAACUUAAAUAAAGUAGUCAUCCUUUAUAGUUUGAAAUUAUAUAAGAUCUUUAACAUUCUUUUAAUAUGAAAAGCUAUACUGCUUUUAGAAAUUUCUUUAAUAAAUAUAAAUGA